UCUUGCAAUUCACUCUUUAUUCCUCCCUGUUAUUUCAGACCUCAAAAAAGAAACACGAUCGAAAUCAUAAGUUCAAAUACGUAUGCCAGAAUAAACUUUCCAAUAUAAUCAUGGAAGGGUGUAUUGGUCAUUGGCACUUCUAUUAUUCGUAGAAAGGAACCGUUGUCAGAUAACAUGGUCCAAGCAAAUAUUUAGUGCAGAUCUUUUAGCAAACAUAUAUGCAACAUGUACGCAGACUGAAAGACACAGAUUAUCAGAAUUUUGCUAUAUUAUCCUAAAAGAAUAUUAGUGGAAGGGCAUUUGCUAUAUGCACUAUGCAUGGUCAUUUUCUUAUCUCGUGGAUGCGCCAUGCAUGGUCAAAAUAAGGGAAGCUUAAACAAGAAAUGCUAACGGGCGAGAUCUCAGCUCCUUCUCAGCCUAUAGAUUUCUCUUGUGCCUAAAGAACCACCACUGAACCUAAAGAACAAGAGCAUGUGAAGAUGGAAUCAACCUUUUAAUUCAUAAUUAUAAAUAUGCCCUGAUAUUUAGAUUCGUAGUUGUGUCCAUCACUGACACUUAACAAUCAGAACCCGCAAAGAAAUAUAUGCCAAAAGUACUUUAAAGAAUACAUCACAAGGCAAACGCAACAAUUUAAAGUAACCUAUAUAAAAAGGCAAUAACGAUGCUCGCAUCCUGGCACCAACAUUGACAACUUAAGGGCUUUCUGGUAAAUAAGAGAACUUUUGAGGAAGCUUCUGCAAAAACAGGAAUCCUCACCUUAAAUUUUCAUGGUUUAACAAAGCAUCCAAGAUUACAUAAAACAUCCUUUAUCACCCAGAAAUCAUUUCCAACUGAUUUGUUUUGUUUUAUUUUUCAAUCCUACAAUCACUAAAUAUCAUGAUUUCUCUAGCCGAUGUUUAUCAUGUUGUGGAAGCCACAGUCCCAUUAUAUGUUGUAAUGAUAAUAGCCUACAUCUCAGUGAAAUGGUGGAAGCUUUUCACCCCAGAUCAAUGUGCAGGCAUAAACAAGUUUGUGGCAAAAUACUCGAUUCCACUAUUAUCGUUCCAAGUGAUCUCUACCAACAACCCCUACAAAAUGAACCUCAAACUCAUACUUGCAGACUUACUGCAGAAACUAAUUGCCUUUCUGGUAUUGACAGCAGUUACUAAAGUCAGCUCCCGAGGAGACUUGAAUUGGAUCAUAACUGGUAUCUCUUUGUCAACACUUCCCAACACUUUGAUCCUAGGACUUCCACUGUUGACAGCCAUGUAUGGGGAUGAAGCAGCUGUGCUCCUUUCCCAGAUAAUUGUCUUACAAAGCCUAAUCUGGUACAAUCUAUUGUUGUUUUUAUUUGAGCUCAGUGCCACGAAGGGAGCAGCCCCUGUAACACCAGCAUUAGAAGCCCCAGUAGAGACAGAAAUCCCCCAGCAAGCACAAACAAAAGAAGAAGAGGAAGUGAAAGUGGAGGUAGCGAGAAUCAGGACUGCAAGGAAAACCAAAACCAUGCUCAUUCUGUUGACAGUGGGGAAGAACUUUAUAAGAAACCCCAAUACACAUGCAACUUCAAUUGGUCUAAUUUGGGCAAGCAUACAUUACAAGUGGGGAAUCACAAUGCCAGAAAUUGUCGAACAAUCAAUAAUCAUAAUUUCAAAUGGGGGAAUUGGAAUGGCAAUGUUCAGCUUAGGUCUUUUCAUGGCAUCACGUGUUAGCAUAAUAGCAUGUGGAAAACGAAUGGCAGUGGUAGCCAUGGGAAUGAAGUUCUUGAUGGGGCCUGCCUUAAUGGCUCUGUCUUCAACUGCCGUUGGACUAAGGGGCAAAGUCUUUAGAGAGGCUAUUGUGCAGGCGGCACUUCCUCAAGGAAUUGUUCCAUUUGUUUUCGCAAAAGAGUAUGACAUAAAUCCGGACAUAUUAAGCACCGGGGUAAUUUUUGGCAUACUCAUUUCCGUGCCAAUAGCUUUAGGCUACUACUUCCUGCUAGCAUUGUGAAAAAUGCGAUAGUAUCUCUGCGGCAUGGUUCUAAACCAGAAAAGAUCAAUUGUUUGAGGAGAUGGACUGCACCCAUGUUGUCCAAUUGAGUCUCUCCCUUGAACACACAAUAUGUAGUUGGUUUGAAUAUUAGCAUUUGAGAUUAUCAAUUUUAUGAAGAAAGAAGAACUUAUAUCAUCUGGAAAUAUAUAUUUUGUUACCUCAG